GGCGAUGGCUCCCAUCCCGCAGGCGGUCGUCGCCGCACCCAUCGAGAACGAGGACGACUGUCCUGUCUGCCUCGAGCCCUUGAGCUUCUCCUUCCGCAUUCCGGGGGAAAAGCCACACAUCGUGCCAGAGUGUGGGCAUGCACUGCAUGAGGCUUGUUUCUCGGCUGUGUAUGGGCCGCUCUCAUCCAGGACCGGUGCCGGUCGAAAGACCAAUUUAGGCGUGUGCGGUGUGUGUCGCCGACCCAUGAAGGUAGGCGACGGCGAUAGCAGCAAGAACAACAAACUUGCUGCGCUUACCGGAAUGGGAGGAAAGCGGCUGCAGAAUACCACUCAGCUGUACCCCGGACUCGAAAACGCGGGUGUGGCACGGCCAGGAGAGAUGGCGUACAUGUCCCCUCGACCAGGUGCUCGAACUCCCGUCAUUAUCGACUCACAAAGCCCGACGGACGACGAUGCCCUCGAACCCAUCCGUUCCCCGCCUGCCUCAACGCAUUCAUCUCUUUCCGGCCAGCAGAGCGUCUAUGUCACCACUCCUGGUAUUCAAGUGCGCCCAGAGUUCCCCACCAUCCCGCGCAAUGGACAGCCCACUCAGGCGAUGACAUGCAUCGUCAUUGUCGAGCUGCCAAAUCGCAAGCCGCCCGACAUGAGGAGUCCCAUUGGCCGUGGGAGGAUGGAUUCCAGCUGGGGUGCCGAUCAGAGGAUAAUGAGGGGUCGUGAAUUCGAGGAUAGGGAGCCGGUGACGGCCUCCUCUCCCUCCUACCACUCCGGCCCACUUCGACCUUGGGAGAGAGAGGAGCGUCAGACUGGCGGCUCGAUUGACGUCGGCCCAGUAUCUCCCAUAUCCCCCAAAGAAGUCCUCGAACCCACACCACAGUCGCCCAAUAUACCUUUGCCUCCCGUCAUCGAGACGCCAAACCCUGCAUUCCAACGUAUUGCAGAUGAUCUCAAGGCGCGCAUUGCUGAUUGGAAGGGGCACGAGUUGGCGCAGAUGGGUGCCCUUCAGAUGUUUGAUAUUCUCAAGGUCCGGCGAGACUCCCAGAUUCGCGAGUUUUACGUCUACCUCUUCAGGGAGGCGGUUAUCUGCGUUAUUGAGGAGAAGAAGAAGGGCCUAAACCGGAUACUGGGAGCGACUUCCUCGAGCGGUGGUGUAGAGGGCGGCGGCAAAGGCAGUCUGAGACUGAAGGGCCGCAUAUACAUCAAGCAUAUACGCACCGUGACAGAGUCAGACGAAAAGGACCCAGAGCAGAGUCUCACAGUCCACAUGGAGGAUGAGAGCUUCAUCCUCAUUUACCCCGAUAGGACCAGCAUGCAAAAUUGGGCACGACAUGUCAUGGCGUUGGUUGAAGACAGCAGGCGCCGUGACGGCCUUCCUCCCAGUUCCGAGAAGAACUCCGACCCCGAGUGCGAGUCUGGUCCGCCCGUGGCUAUGUUUAACAGUGGCAAGGCCGCCAAGCUCCUUGGUGGUGGACCUGUGCCAUCCGGUAGGGAUGGUCGUGAUGGAGCCAGCCUGGCGCCCUCAGGCAGCGGUGGGACGACAAUGUCUGACAGCGCUGCGAGUGCUACGGAAGAUAGCCUCCUGCAGUCCUCGCAACGCUCGACGAUGUCAUCUGUUGUUACUGGUGCAUCUCCGGCACAAUACGUACGGGGUCCAAAUGGACAGAUGCGGCUGCAGAAGGCCCCUUCUGCAUCUUCAUUGCAACAUUCGCCGUCAUAUAAUUCCCUCGGUUCGCCUAUGAGUCCAGGCGGGGCUCAGAAUGUCCCGACUGGGCAACCGUCGAACCUCCUUCCGCCGUUGCCACAUCCUGGGUUGGACCUCGUCGUCAUCGUUUCGGUACCGACGCCCCACGCUUGGCAGUUGGCGACUGGUUCAGCAUCUCUCAAACUCAACGUGCUCCGAUCGACACUGGACUUCAUCCUCGGCAACAUGGGUCCGAGAGAUCGCCUGAGCUUCGUCACCUUCGAAGUUGGCUUGCAGGGCCGUAUUAGAAGGACACCCUUCUUAAGCCCGGGCAAGUCGACCAGCAAGAGGAGACUCGAGGCUUUUAUCGCGGGCAUGGCGAAGGAUGGCAAUGAUGAAUUCCUAGUCCCACCCACUAAGGAAGAGAAAACAGAUGUCGUGACUGCUGUAAAUAACGCUCUCGACGUGGUGCUGCAACGCAAAAAUCGCAAUUACGUUUCGGGCGUAAUUCUUGUGAGUGAUUCGGCCGAUACGAUGCGGAGGGCACAAAUGGACCUCGUCCUUGCUCGGACGGAGGCUGCGAAUGUUCCAAUUCAUUCGUUUGGCUGGGGCCGUUCGCAUGAUCCUGCGUGUUUGUGGUUGAUGUCCAACCAUACUCAGGGCACAUAUACUUACGUCAAGGAUUGGUAUGAUCUGCGCGAAUGUCUGGCUGGUCUCCUCGGCGGAUACUUCUCAAUGGGCUUGUUGAAUAUGAAGCUCCACUUGAAAGUGGUCGAUGGUACCCGCUUCCGUAUCCGCAAGGUAUCAGGUGGCCCUGGUGCUAUCGUGUCUUCCAGUGGUAGAGAUGUCGAUAUCGACAUCGGGGAACUCCGAUAUGGUGAACGCAAAGAAAUGCUAGUUGAAUUGGAGCUCGACAACCAGUCCGACCCCGCCGCAACUCGUCGUGGUCUUUCGGCGCUCAGUGAAGCCGACGAACUAAGAUCACGUGGUCCCCUCAAUGCGACGGAUCAGUUUGUCGCGCAAAUGGGUCUUGAUGCGCUUUCGCUCAACGAGCCCACUAACCUGGUGGACGGUGUGAUGGAUCGCAUGAUUGACGAAGCUCCGGUUUUCGAAGUAGAUGGCUCGUUCUUCGAUCCAGUUUCUGCGAAGAACGUCUCCCGCCUGGUGCACCCUGUCCUCCUGACGGUGACACUGAUGCCCUAUAGUGGUCGACCGCAAACCCCUCAUGGUCAGUCAGAUCCCCACAUUGUCCGGCGGAGGAUGGAGCUUCUCGCAUCUGAGAUGAUGACUCGAGCUCUUGUUCUCGUCUCGAGGAAAAGCUUUGAGCAAGCUGGUCGUAUCCUCGCGGAGACGCAGCGGAUUCUGCGUACUGUGUUGCACACUGUUACGCAGAGCUUGCCGCCUCCCACAAGCGGUGGAAUGGGGCGAUCCCGCCGCGAACUUUUAAUUCUGGGCACUGUUCGCUCCCUGCAGUCUGUCCUGCAAGACAUUCAAGUCCUUACGGAUGCUCUGGAAGAUACAAGGGAUGAGUUCGCCUUUGAUCAACGCAACUUCGGAGCUCAACAAGCUAUGAUUCUGCGUGACCAAAAGAGCUGGACAAGUAGAACAGCAACUGAAAAGUUGUUCUUCAACUCGGAGUUAUCUCCGGAACUUGUUCAGCGUAGCGCUGAUUGGAUUGUCCGCGAGUAAACACGACUGUCUCCCACAUCAUCUUCAAUUCAUCUGGGUUUGUUUCUGUGGUCGUCAACGUGACUCUGUACAUAUUAUUGACGAGAAUUUGCGUUCUGUCUUUACCAUUUUCUUUGCACUUUUGCUAUUGCAGAUAUCGCUUUCAUGCUGCUCGUCGCUGAGGCCGAUGUUGCAGACCAUAGGUUCGUUCCCUUUUUUGAAAUCUGAAAUUUGGUUUUGGCGAUGCCUCCUGCUCUUUGCGUUCCUUGACACUCUCCUCGCU